CACUAGGCUGCCAAUUGCCAUGCCAAUCUUACUAUUAUAAUUUCAAUUCAUGACGUACGCACGUUGUAUCUCGUUCAACGGUUGAAUAACGCACGAAAAUCAGACACACAUAACAACAAUCCAGCAUAUGAACCUUGAGAUAUAGAAUGGCUCAUGAGCCCCUGAGAAGCCACCACCAUGUUUCUGUUCCGUUUCUCAUUGGACGCGCGGAUGUGAUAGCACGAGGAAGCCACCAAUGAUCAAUGAUCCCUCAGACAGACCCGCUGAGAAGACGUUGGUUGGUUAAUUCUAUGAGAGCUAGACGAGAUGUGAUCGAGAACCCUGCCCUUUCCUGGCCUGGCCUGCCCUGCCUUCUCAAUCCUCCUGGUUCUGGAUUCCUUGGUUAACGUGGAUAUAUACGCAAUCAAGACACUGCCUGCAAAUUAAUCAUCAUCAUCUUGUAUGAUUUUAUCAAGUAAAAUACGAAGAAGAAGAAGAAGAAGCAUAACAUGUGGCGUGAGAGAAGCAACGACGCAAAGAAGGAGCGUCCCAAGAGAUCAGUUUCAUUCAACUGGCCGGGGACCAAGAUGAUGGUUUCCUCUCCUGAGUCGCCGCGCCAGAUGAGAAGGCCAAAGACCCAACCUGACUUGUUUUCUUGGAGGACUGCUGAUCAUGCCCCACCUCCGGCCUUGCAGGAUCAUCUCCAUCUCCGCCCACUGAAAACUGCCAAAGAAGAGAGGCUGCCGUCCAAGUUGCUGGUUAACGUCACGAUAACUAGGAGCCUGGGUGCUGUCCAGGUAAUGGCCUCCACUUUGUGGACUGUCAAUGAUCUCAUCGCGGCCACAGUUGAGCUUUACAUUAAGGAAGGCAGGCGCCCACUCUUGCCUACUACUCUUCUUUCACAAUUCACUCUCCAUUACUCGCAGUUCAGCCUCGAAGGUCUUGAUCCCAACGAGAAACUUAAGGAGCUGGGGUCCAGGACCUUCUUCCUUUACAUAAAGUCCACAGCUGCUACCGCUUCAUGCUCUGAUCAAGUUCAGAAUUCUUCUAAAAUUGACGAGCGGUGGUUCAACUUUGCCAGUUUUCUGUUGUAAUUGUCUCAUCAAAGUCUUCAAUCUGUUCCUGAUAUUUAUAUAUGUUUAUGGAAAUGUAUAUUUUCUACCGAAUUCCUUAUAACCUAGCUAGUUUUCCAAUGUAUCUUAUUUUCUCAUUUAAGUCAUGUUUGCUGUCCAGUUUGCCCAUCAUUGUUCCAUCUCUGUAUGUGGACAACAUGAUCUUAAAAUGCCAUUAUGCAGAAUGAUCUUUGCGAAA